AUGGCGCAUGUAAUUGUUGAUCAACUCGAUGAGAUAGAGACCAAACUUUUAGGAGUAACAGGACGCUUCGAGCAAAUGCAAGAGACAUUAAAAUCAAAAAUUGAAUCGCCAGAUAUCAAGAAGUAUACUCAGCAAAGUGCAUCUUGCGAACAAACAAUGAAGAGCGAUUUCUUUGUGAUAGCGGCCGCGUGUAAAAAUAAUGGCAUAGGUUACCUAAAUCGGCUCCCUUGGAAACUCAAGAAAGAGAUGGCUUACUUCAACAAGAUGACAACUGAGAGUCCCGAACUGGCGCAUAAGAAUAUUGUUAUCAUGGGCAGAAAAACAUGGUCGUCUAUUCCACCUAAAUAUCGACCCAUGAAAGAUCGUACAAAUGUCGUGCUCAGUAGAACUGUAUCUACCAUUGAGGAUAGGGAUUCUGUCGAUCAUAUAUUCUCCUCGCUACCUGAUGCCUUAGAAGGUGUAUCACAAUUGAGAAACAAAGGUCAAGUUUGGGUUAUAGGUGGACAGAGUAUCUAUGAAGAGGCGCUAAGAUUACCACAAUGCAAACGAAUUUAUUUAACAAGAAUAGAUAGAGAAUUCGAGUGCGAUACUUUCUUUCCUGAAUUGGAUGAAUCGGUGUACAAGUUAACCAGUGAUCCGGCAGUUCCAGAGGAGGAACAAGAGGAGGAGGAUGUCAAGUACAGAUUCACUGUUUAUGAGCGAGUUUGA